AGAUAGAGUGUGCAGGCUUCAUAUCAGAACAAGACAACCUAUAGGCUAAAUAUCACAGAUAAAAUUAAAUAAUGCUCCUCUUACUCUUUGUCACUGUUUGUGGAAGUAGCAUCGGCGUGGAAAGCCUCCCAUUGCCCGACUCUGGUCCAUAUUUGGCAAAUGACUGGGGAGAAACCGUCCGGUUCCGACAUCUGUAUGCAGCCAGGCACGGUUUACAUCUGCAAAUAAACGCAGACGGGGAAAUAAGUGGAUCGUACAUGCAAAGUUCGGACAGUUUGGUUGAGAUACGGCCGGUGGAAACGGGCUGUGUUGCCAUUAAAGGGGUUGCAAGCUCCCGAUUUCUCUGCAUGGACAGAAUGGGAAAAUUGUAUGGAUCGCACACUUACACCAAGAAGGGCUGCUCCUUUUUGGAACGCAUCAUGCCAGAUGGCUACAACAUCUACAUCUCAAGCAAACAUGGAGCCCUUGUGAAUUUGGGUGGUGCUGAAAGCAAGUUGCACAAUAACGACAGGACUGCUGCAUCUCAGUUCCUGCCCAUGGUCAACACACUUUCUCAGGAACCAACCAACCACCGUUCAGGGGAACAACACUUUCCCGUUGACCCUGAACAGGACCAUCAGUUGGACCUUGAAAUAGACAGUAUGGACCCUUUUGGAAAGAUCUCUCAAAUUGUGAUCCAGAGUCCCAGUUUCAACAAAAGAUGAGGAGUGAACAAUCACUUGUGAAUGUUCUACGGAAACGACCCAGAGGUUGACUGUAUAAAAUCAGUCCUGCCAUAAACCAGAACACAGGGCCAGACUUUCAGAAAGAGACAAUGUUAGAAAGUCCAGUGAAAGCAAACGGCACACUGGACACAGUCACGGGACAAAUGUAGUGUUAUGGACAGAAAAAACUAAAUCACUACAUAUGUUGAAGCUUGUUGAAAGAUGAACCAUAAUGGUGCAACACCUGCAGCUUGAAUUUAUUUAUUUUUUAAUGUGUUUGUGAUGAACUUGCUUUAAUUAUUGUGCAAAACUUUAUAGCUAAUAAAGUAUUUACUAGACAAAUCUAGAAUGCACGAACACUAACAACACACACACGCACACACACACGCACACACACACACACACACACACCUUGAAAUAUACAGUUAAUUGUUCUUAAAACUUAUUUCUUAUAUGCUAAUGUGGUUCAAUAGUUACUUGGCCAAAAUAUACAGCAAAUCACAACUUAUAAGACAGCAGUGUUUCAUUCUUAAAUAUACUGUAAGCAGGAUCCUCAACUACUCUAAUUCAAAUUGUUGAGAACUUUGAUAUGGUUUGAUAUUGUUGACUGCAUGGUACUUCCAUAAAAUACGGAUGUAUUGUAGUAAAGAUCUGUGGGCCUGAAAAACAGCAGAAUAUAUUACAGCCUGUCCUUACAUGAUGCCCUUGAACAAUAUUGAAAGGAACGUUUUGUAACGUUGUGACUCCCUCUA